GCAGCACUUUGCUCCUCAUCUCAGUUAGUCAGUCAGUCAUUCUGAGUUUACAUCACACGACAUAUCAUCGCUGUUUCACUGACCUGCAUCCACGAGCGCCUUCAUACGGCCAUGCCUGAGGACUGGCAUACCUGGAAAAUGCAGUUUCGGUAAAGCCCAUUCAAGAUAAAUCACUGCGCCAGGUCAGCCAUCGUUGGGGGGGAAAAAGGAACUCAGCCUGCUUCACAGUUGGAGGAAGGACAUCUGAGCUUCCCUCUGAUCAAGUUCUCUCUGCCCGAAAGAUGUCAACCGCCAGCACUGACAGUGUAGGAAGAGGAACCAAAACCUCCAAAGUGUCAAAGGAUCAUAAAAAGCCCACGGCGUCAGCCCUGAAAGGAGCCAUCCAGCUGGGCAUCGGUUACGCUGUGGGAAACCUCAGCUCAAAACCAGACAGAGAUGUUCUCAUGCAGGACUUCUCUGUGGUGGAGAGUGUUUUCCUGCCCAGUGAGGGCAGCAACCUGACUCCAGCACAUCAUUUCCCAGACUUCCGCCUGAAAACGUAUGCCCCGCUGGCUUUUCGCUAUUUCAGAGAGCUGUUUGGCAUCAAACCAGACGACUAUCUGUAUUCCAUCUGUAAUGAGCCUCUGAUCGAGCUGUCCAACCCCGGAGCCAGCAGUUCCUGGUUCUACCUCACCAGCGAUGAUGAGUUCAUUAUUAAGACAGUGCAGCAUAAAGAGGCCGAGUUCCUGCAAAAGCUGCUUCCUGGUUACUACAUGAAUCUGAACCAGAACCCGAGGACGUUGCUGCCAAAGUUCUACGGCCUUUACUGCAUCCAGUGCAGCGGCAUUACAGUCCGCGUGGUGGUGAUGAACAAUGUGCUGCCGCGCGCUAUGAAGAUGCACUACAAGUACGACCUGAAGGGUUCCUCGUACAAACGUCGCGCCUCACGCAAAGAGAGCGCCAAGCAAUCGCCCACGUUCAAAGACCUGGACUUCCAGGAGAUGCACGAGGGCCUGCACUUCGACUCAGACACCUACAAUGCCCUGAUGAAGACCCUGCAGAGGGACUGUCGGGUCCUGGAGAGCUUUAAAAUCAUGGACUACAGUCUCCUGCUGGGGAUUCACGUUUUGGACCGGAAGCCGCUGGGCAGAGGAAGCCGAUGUGACAGCAGGAAAGGACAGAAAGUCCUUUACUCCACCGCCCUUGAGUCCAUCCAGGGGAAUGUUAAGGACCCCGAACCAGUGGCUGAUGACGACACAUUUGGUGGAAUUCCAGCCAAACAUAAAGAUGAGAACCUUCUCAUCUUUCUAGGAAUCAUCGACAUCCUUCAGUCCUACAGGUUCAUCAAGAAGGUGGAGCACUCCUGGAAAGCUCUUGUACAUGAUGGGGACACAGUGUCGGUUCACAGGCCCAGUUUUUAUGCGGAUAGAUUUCUGAAAUUCAUGGGCUCGACUGUAUUUAAAAAGAUUCAUCCUUUAAGAGGAGCAUCUUCGAAGAGGAAGAGGAAUUCCUUCUAUACAGUAAAGUCAGCCUCUCAGGAGAUUCUGUCCCCACAUAAGGAGGAGAAGAAGGAGGACAAGAAGGCCCAAAGCAUGGACAACCUGGAUGGAAACUUUUACAGUUCCUCCAAGCAACCAGAUCUUCUGCCAAGAUCUGCUGUUUCAUUCCAGUCCAGCAGAAAUGAUGAAGAGGACACUGAGAACAGUGAAGGCAGACGAGCCUCCAGUUCAACGAUCGCUCUGGAUGAUCCUCUGCCGUCUCUCAGCAGGAGCCAAUCAGACUCUGAACUGGAUGUCUACUUGUGAAGAGAAAUGAGUGAUGACUCCUCUCCCGCCACCUGUACGUCUGACCUUUGACCUCACAGCCAUCAGGAGGACCUCACAACUGUGUGAAAGUGACAAAAACUACAAGCAGUAACAGUUUCUCCACUGUGAGCAUCACUCUGUGUCUCUGUGCCUUUCCUUUCUGAGUAAAACUAAAUAUAUAUGCCAAACCACUGGUUCUGUUAUAGAAGUCCCAUUAUCAGCAGAUGGGGAUACAGCCUGUGUGGGGUGAGAUCACUGAACCACUGUGUUAAUAUAAAACACUACGAAGCUGUUUCUUCUCCUGUUAUUGUACACUUUGCUGCUAGUUUAACAACAGUGCUCAAAAAGUUUCAGUCUUGGAUGUCUGAUUUUCUGUUUCAAAUGUCUAAAUUGUAACUGAAUCAGCUGCAGGAAAAAUAAUUGUCUGCUGUUACUUUCAGAUAAUAUAAUUACAUAGAGCCAUGUUGAAUGAAAAAUGCCAAUUCAUCUGUCGACACAUUCAAAUACGCAUGAGUGAUAGAGAGUGUUAUGAUACCUUACAAACAUUAUGUAUAGAUGAUUUUACAAAAAUUCAUUAUUCUAUAUCCUUUGUGUAUUUUCUUUCAAACAUACAGAAUCCGCUGCCUUCAUGAUAAAAAGUAUUUGCUUGUUUCUUGUUAUAAGAUGGUUUUCAUGUUAUAAUGUUUACUGCUGUAAUCACGUACUUUCUAACCUGUUUUUGGUUCUCAACUUUUCAUGCCUCCCUGUGUCAUUUCCCUAGAGAAUGUACAUUUCAUCUCUAUUAAAACUAAUGCCUGCUGUAAAUUGUUUUGAAUCCUGGAGGUAAAUAAUGACCAUCGUUGUUAAUUAUGUCAAAUGUCUUCUUUUUGUUCAUGUGCCUUCAAAGGUUUAAAAAAUCUGUGCUUUUAUGAGAUUUAUAGGCCUACAACUGUAAUAUAGCAAUACUUUGGACUUGUCUGUGAAAUAAAUUAAUAUUUAAUGUAA